GAUUUCUAUGAAACUACCCACAAAGCCCAAUGUAAUGUAAGCACGAUAUAAAUUCUAAGCAUUCGAUUGCACGUGUUACUAUAUAACUUUGGAACGAGGAAAUUUGGUUAGCUUGAAACACCGAAUUUGCACAACGUGUAGAUUUAUUUUUUAUUAUUUUUUUCAAUUACGUUCCGUAGAUUUGUCUUCAUUUAUAUUUCAUAAAGAUAGUCUUUGAUUAUUUUUGAAGCAAAAGUAUACAAGAUGGUUGUUUUCACUUGCAAUAACUGCGGUGAAACGCUGCAAAAACCAAAGGUUGCGAAGCAUUACGAAUUUCAGUGCCGUUCCGCGCCUUUUUUAACAUGUGUCGAUUGUUUCAAAGAUUUUCGAGGUGAGGAGUAUGUGGUGCAUACGAAGUGUAAAAGCGAGGCUGAGAGAUAUGGGGGCAAGGACUAUGUUCCAAAGGCUAAUGCAAAUAAAGGUGAAAAAAAGCAAAAACAAUGGAUCGAUAUAGUAAAUAAUUUACUAAAUAGUGGGACAAAUUUCUCAAUUGCGGAACGAAACUUCCUAAAUAUCUUAUCAAAGUAUGAUAACAUUCCACGCAAGAAAAUCAAAUUUUUAAACUUUGUGAAGAAUGCAAUAGGCAAUAAAGUAAAUGGACAGGUUGUUAAUACUGUGUGGGAUAAAAUGGAAACGGCUUUUAAGAACAGCAUGCCAAGUACUAAUACACAGGAUGAAAAGCAACAGGAAAAUGGUAAAGGAAAUGAAAAGGUAAAUAAUGCAGACAAUGUGAAUACACACCAGGAAAACAAUGUAAUUGAAAACCAAAAUAAUGAAAAUAUAUCUAGAGAAAAUAGAAAUGAAGAUCAUCUAAACAAAAGUAAAGUAAAUGAUACAGAAAAUGGCUGUAAUGAUGCAAUCAAUAAGAUUAAAAAGAAGAAAUCGAAAAAGAGGACAGUGUCUGAGACAGUCCAGGAACAAGUGGAAGAACCUGUUAUCAAAAAAAGAAGAAGUAGUGUAGAAGUUACGCAAGAUGGUGUAAAAGCUACGCAAGAUCAAAUUUCAAAGAAGAAAAAUAAAAAUGUUACAAAUGUACCUGUGAAGAAAAAUGAAAAUACUUCAUUUUCUGAAACAUCGGUCAAUCAAUGUGACAAUACCAGAGAAAAAUCAACUUUCAAUUGGAAACAUACUAUUUUAGAUAUAGUGAAGAGUAAAGGAGAAAUCUCCUUAAAGAAAUUGCAAAAAAAAGCAAUUUCACAGUAUAUGAAUUCAUGUUCAAAUACCAUAUUGCAAGAGAAAGCAUCUAGUAAAUUCAAUAAAAAAUUAAAGAAAAUAUCAGAAAUAACUAUUUCUGAUGAAAGAGUAACAUUAGCUUAAAUUAAUUGAGUGUGUGUUAUUUUUAUUACAAAUUUCAAUGCUUUUUUUUAUCAUAAAUUAAUUUAUGAUAUCUAAUAUACAACAUCGUUGUACAUUAAGAAAGACUUACUUUUACACGUGCAAAGAAAUCGAUUUUACAGAAUACUAUUGUAUAAGAUCAUUGUAGAAAAACAUUUAUUGUUUCUUUUUUUUAAUAAAAUAAACAGAUAAAACUUGUAGUAUCACAGAAUUUAUCUAAAAUUAAUCUACUGAUGAACGCGUAUAAGAUAUAUAAAUGACAACAAUAAAUUGUACAAUAUCGGUUUCUUACAGUAAACAUUUAUGUAAAAUUAUGUAAAAUAAUUACAUAAAAUUAUUGAUAUAUAGAACAUGUUCACUCUGAAACAACGUCAUAUAUGAACUUUUAAAUAAAUAUUUUGAAAUUAAAUAUUUGUUUUGUUGGAUUAGAUUCUAUCAAGUCUUUAACAUAUUUAUGAUCUUUACAGAAGAGUCUUUAGCGGGAAGAAUAUAUUGAAAUACCACUUGAAAGUGGAUAAUAAAAUUUGAAGCUUUAGUAUUUCCAUUAAACAUUUGAAAACUUAUCUAAAUACCAAGCGUGAUUACUCAUGGUAGCUAAAAGGCCCCAUUGAAGUACUUUGGAAUCACUUGGACUAAAACUUAAUAAUUGUUGGUCAAACAACUGAGUAACUGUUCCACCAAGAGCAGUAAGAAUUGCAGUUCCUGCACAAAUGUCCCACUUUUUUAUUGCAGUCAUAUGGACAUACGCCGUUGCAUUUCCACUUACAACCUCUAAGAAUUUGUAACCUAAGUAUAGGCAAUGUAAUAAAUUUAUUGAUUCAUAAAAGAAAAA